UUCCAACAAUGGUAAGCCACUGAUAAAUAUGCAUGUUAGCCACUAACCUCAGGUCACAGAGUCGAAGAAAUUCUCUGUUCUACCUGCCUUUCUGAAUCUAAAUGGCUGCCGUCUCCGUCGCCGACGAAGUUUCAGGUGGUACCUUUCUUACUCCUAUUUAUGACCGAGUAAAACAGCAAAGGGAAUUCGAUGAAACUAAAGCAGGUGUGAAGGGUCUCAUCGAUGCCGGCCUGGAUAAGGUCCCUCGUAUCUUUAUCCACCCACCCGAAAUUCUCCAUGAUCUACCCUAUCAUCUGGGUUCCAUUCAGAGCCACCAUCAGACCCAAAUGACAAUUCCAGUCAUAGACUUAAACCUGGAGGAGGGCACCUUCGAUUUCAAAUUUAAUGGAAACCCAACUGAGUCUCUGACUCGAAGCAAGGAAAUCGUUGACCAGAUCCGGCGAGCAUCGGAAACAUAUGGUUUCUUCCAGGUAGUGAAUCAUGGUAUCCCUGUAAAACUAUUGGAAGAGAUGCUAGAAGGUGUUCGAAGAUUUAACGAGCAAGACACGGAGGUCAAGAAACAGUUCUAUACUCGCGAGAUCAUCGGCAAGAAGGUCGUCUAUAUCUCCAAUUUGCAUCUGUUCAAGUCUCCCGCUGCUGAUUGGAGAGACACCUUCUUUUUCCCAAUGGCCCCUCAGCCUCUCGAUCCGCAAGAACUUCCUCUGGUUUGCAGAGAUAUAAUGUUUGAAUACUCGAAGCAAGCACGGAGCUUGGGGAUUACUUUGUUUGAGUUGUUAUCAGAGGCUUUGGGGCUAAAUCCCAAACACUUGGUAGACAUGGGUUGUGCUGAGGGUUCUUCUCUUGUCUGUAAUUACUAUCCAGCCUGCCCUGAACCAGAACUGACCAUUGGCACUAGCAAGCAUGCAGACAUUGACUUCUUCACGAUCCUUCUGCAAGACAAUGUUGGUGGCCUUCAAGUUCUUCUUCAGAACCAAUGGGUUGACGUUUCCCCAAUUCCUGGAGCUUUAAUCAUUAACAUUGGUGAUCUUCUGCAACUUGUAUCUAAUGACAGGUUUAAGAGUAUUGAACAUCGAGUAAUAGCUCACAAAGGAGUCACAAGGGUUUCAGCUGGGUGUUUCUUUACCACAGGUGUCCAACCAUCCACAAGGGUUUUUGGGCCAAUCAAGGAGUUGUUGUCAAUUGAUAAACCACCCAUCUACAGGGAAACCACUGUUAAAGAUUAUAUCACACACUUCUCAUCCAAGGGACUUGAUGGCACCUCUCCUUUGCCACAUUUCAAGCUUUGAAACUUUCGUUUUUGGAGUUUGGAGGAUGAGUGACACUGAUGGCUUAGGGUUUGUUGUUAUUUUCCAUAUGUAGUAUGUGGGUGAGGGGUAUUGUAACUAUUUGUAUUCCUAUAUAAAGGGUUGUUAGGAAGUCUUGGUUUCUUUCCAUUAAGUCAAUGACAUUAUAGCUUUGUCAGUAAAGAUUUUAUUUCUUUAUUUAUUGUUUAAAAA